UCCCAUAGAUAAGCCAGAUACCGCCGAAUCAGUACCUGGGUCGGUGACGACCAGGGAAUCCUCGGUGUUGUAUGUUUUUGCUUUUUUUGUCUUUUUUUUCUUCCGUCUCCCCAAUUUUUGGUGCUUCUGGAGGGGUUCGUUGUGUAAUGGCAUCUAUUUUUCACAGUUGUGACAGGGAAGUAUGCGCUGUAGUUUUAGCGGGGUUUAGGGCAUUGCCCUCCAGGGUUUUAGUGACCAUUGAGUUGUUUAGGGUCGUACCAGGGUUAGGGUUGGGGUUAUGGAAUGAGGAUUAGAGUGCUGAAUGUGCUACAGCCAACUGUAAAUAUAGUGAGUUCUAGUGCAGUAUCCCCCCGUAACUUUAGCAGUGAACCCGACCCUAAUGCGACAGCCUACACAAUACAUAUAAAAUUC